ACCAUCCCGUCCAGAAUCCAGGGACAGAGUCGUGAUUCCCGUUUCUGUAAAGAGAAUCUUGGCAAGAGGUUGGUAAUUUAUAGAAAGUACCCUCCGGUCGCAACUUCAGCGAAUGGAGAGGAUAUCUACGCCGUGAGUAGUAAGUUGAAGUAAAAUGGCUGGCACGGCAACAUUGUCAAGCGACAAGUGCAGGUGCGGUUCAGCGGAAUUUUCGCGGCUGUCUGGCGCCUAUAAAACCAGUUGGUAUAAGUGGAAUGUUUAUUAUUCCGAAACCGGCAUUAAUUUCGCGAGUAUUUUCAACUGUAUCCAGAAUUAUGGAAAAACACGGAGUUGUUCCUGAUGUGAUUCCGGUUGCACCCAAGGAAGUGGCCGAGGUUAGUUACAUUAGUGGGGUAAAAGCGGACCAAGGAAAUGAACUUACGCCCACCCAAGUCAAGGACCAACCGAAACUUAAAUGGAGUGCAGACCCCAGUGCCUUUUACACAGUAUGCAUGACAGAUCCUGAUGCACCUUCUCGCAAAAAGCCCACUUACAGAGAAUGGCACCAUUGGCUGGUAGUAAAUGUACCUGGAAGCGAUAUAUCAAAAGGGGAAGUUCUAUCUGGAUAUGUUGGAUCUGGUCCACCAGAAAAAACUGGAUUGCAUAGAUACGUCUUUUUGAUCUACAAACAGAGCGGAAAGCUAACCUUUGAUGAACCGCGCAUUCCUGACACUUCUGGAGACAAGCGUGCAUCCUUCUCUAUUAGGAAAUUUGCCGAAAAAUACAAGCUGGGAAAUCCAGUGGCAGGAAAUUUCUACCAAGCUCAAUACGAUGACUACGUACCUAUUUUGUACAAAAAAUUGGGAGAAUAAAUUAAUUGUUUCCCCAAAUUUGUAGUCGAGUGUUGAAAACACAUAUAGAUUUUCUAAACGUUUAUGGUUAUGCAAUAAAUUGUUUUUGUAUCUUUAAAA